UGUCAAAAAACAUUGCAUAUUUUAUUAGAAUUCUUUGAUAUUUACUUUGUUUUUGUAGUACGAAAUAGCUAUUUUAAUACAUUAAUAAAUUACAAUAAUGAGUUCUUAGUGUGACAAAACGUGAACUUUAGUGUGAUUUUUUAUUUUACUUUCUUUCGACAUUGAAAUGUUUAACCCUGAUAUUAACGAUUACCAGCUGACUUCGAUAAUAGCCGAAUGCUGUGGGGGUAUUGCAGUAGUGUAUUCGGCUGUUUACAAACCGUACAUCCAAAAAGUGGCUAUUAAAAGAUAUUUUGUCGAUAAAGAUAAGGAAAAAGCCAGUUUAAUACAGCAAGAUAUUCUGACACGGAAAGAACUGCAACAUCCAAAUAUUUUACCAUAUCUUACAUCAUUUGUAUAUGGUCCAGACCUGUAUAUAGUGUCACCGCUGAUGAACCUCGGAUCUUGUAGAGACAUCUUGGACCGACACUACCAGGAGGGCCUGCCGGAGCUGGCUUGUGCUAUUAUAUUAAGAGAUGUGUUAUUAGCAUUACAAUAUUUACACAAACAAUUUUAUAUACAUAGAAGUGUCAGAGCGAGUCAUGUUUUAUUAGAUAUAUAUGGCACGGUCCGGUUGUCCGGCCUACGUAAUGCGGCGUCCAUGAUAGUGCGCGGGAGGAGGCAGAGGCAGUUGUACAGCUUACCCCCCCCGGACCAUGACAAUGCUAAUCUAAUGUGGCUAAGUCCAGAACUUUUGGAGCAGAAUCUCAAAGGUUACGAUGAACAAUCUGAUAUAUAUUCAUUGGGCGUAUUUUGCUGCGAACUUGCAAACGGGGCAGUUCCAUUCGCAGAGGUGCCGACCACGCUUAUGUUCACGGAGAAAGUGAGAGGGAGCAGGCCUCAGUUGCUCGACUGCUCAUCUUUCCCUGAACCCCUGGAUGACGGUGAGAUGAAGAGCAUGUACAACACGGACAGCGGCGUGGGCGACAGCGCGGAGGGCGUGUCCCGCCUGCGCGCCGCCUACGCGCGCCGCAAGCUGUCCGACGCCUUCCACCACCUCAGCGACCAGCUGCUGCAGCGAGAUCCGGAGAAACGGCCUUCAGCAACACAGCUGUUGAACCAUCCCUUUUUCAAGCAAAUCCGAAUAACCGACUUCUUGCCCAGCCUCAUUGGACGAGUCAAACCAAUUAAACCUGACCCUGGUGACAUGUCAGCCCUGCUACUGCAAGAGAAGAUAUCAGAAAUGGAAAUCGAGAAAUCGACGGAGUGGGAUUUGUAGUAUUUACCAAACCACCAAGCACAAGUGUACAAUUCACAGUUAUGCCAAAAUUAUACAAAAUAUGUAUGCUAAGUGUUUCAACAGUCGGUACGAAAUGUAAACGAAACUAAUAAUUUUUCAAUUUAAGUGAAAAAACGUGCGAGAGUGAGAACAGUUUCCACAUCUACAUCCCCGGUGCGUGCGUAACGCACACCGCAGUGCUCUGCGUGCACGCACCCGAGGUCACGUUGCGUGGAAUUAUAUACCAUAUAAUAAAAUUGUCGUCAAAAACAUUAUCCCAUAUAAUAUUCCUUAAUGACAAUUUUAAGAAAAUUUGAGGUUAUAAUUGUUUAAAUUUUUCACACCAAAAUAUAACGAACAUGGAAUUGACAGAAAGCAAUAGUAAAAAACAGUUGCCUUAAUAUCUCUAUAUCGCGUUAGUUAAGCCGUAUAUUUAAAUAUAACAUAUAUUAAAAUAAAUUAGCAAAAUUUUGUUAUUAGUUUGAUCGAGAAGAGUUUGCAUUUUGAUAUUAACAGGAGAGACGAUUAGAAAUAGUUUCCAACGGUUUAUUAGUAAGUAUUAUAGGCGUAUAAAUUUCAAUGCUUCAAUAGUUUUACUAAAUUAAGUAUGUGUAAAUAAUCUUAAGUAAUUCAUUCAAGCAUUUUGUCAUAUGUGUAUUUUAUAGGAAUUAUUUAUACAAACCAAUGUUCCAUCUUUGCUAUUCGAUGUAAACAAAAUGUAAGUGAGGGUCGACCCGGUUCUUCUCAAUAAAUUACACAUGUAACUUGCGACUAUAAUUAUAUUUUUGACUUAUAUCAAAUUGUAUAUAUGUUUGUUACAAGCCAAAAAUACUAUAUGUCAUCAAUUCUUAGGUAUAUAUGUAAAUGGUUAAAGCUUUUUAGUAAACAAUAUCACAACAAUAUGCUACUGGUGCUACAGCUACAGUUUAAUAACUAUUUUUUUUUUUUUGUAAAAUGUUUUCAUGAGCGUUGCAAGGUGGACUAUGGUUAAGCUCUAGGAGUAUCCUAUUCAACUCUUUGAGAAAAGCUUAGACGACAUUGUUCUUUAUAUAAAUAUGCAAAGACGGAAGAGAUUGUAUUAUUCUUUUAAAAUUAAAAAAACGGCCGAAUCAUUCGAAUAUAUUCCCAGUCGAGUUGGUCACAACGCGCUUUAUCUCGCAAAAAAUCCCGUCAGCAAUUUUUAAUCGACUUCAAAAAACGAGGCUACAAAUCGUUUGUAUAUGUUUGUAACCUCAGAACUCCGUCAUUUAUGAAACCAUUUAGAAGAAAGUUUUUUGUUUGGGUUUUUUCGUUUGGUGGCAUUACAAUUUGAAGGACUAAUGUAAGUGGUACCACCGGCCAUAGACAUGGGCACUAAAAGUUAUUAUCAAUUCCUUACAUCGACAACGACGUCACUAGCUCACUCACUCUUCAAACAGGAACAAAAUAAUACUGAGUAUUGGUAUUUGGUAUUAGAAUGUGUGAUAUACGUGUGGUACCUUCCCUGACGAACUUGCACCACCACCGAAUGUAUCGUUAAUAAUGCAGAAGAUAAAUUUCUAGUUAUACAUUCUAAAUUGAAAAAUAUAGAUGUGGGUACAAAAUUGUAAGGCUCAAAUAUUUGAAAAUAGAGGAGAUAUUGAGCAAUUUUCCCCUUUAGUCAAGAUUGCGUCUAACGCAUAGUAAACCCCCUUAAAAUUUGAGCAAUAAAAUUGCUGACGGAAACUUUGCCAGUCAUUUAUUAAUUUGACUGGGCUAUAUAAAUGUUUUCCUCGAAUAUUUUCAAACACUAUGUGACCACUAGUAAAUUUUAAAAGUUUAUAUUAUUGGGUAUACAUCUUGCUCCAGUUAAGAUUUUAUAAAUAUUUCUUUACUAAGGUUUGGUAGACGCCAUUUAGAGAAUUGUGAAGUUAUAAAUUUUCAUAAAAAAGCGGUAACGUUUUUUCCCCUGUAGUCUAUUUUUCAUAUUUUUGGAAUUGUUUUAGAUUGAAUUAAAAUUUCUGUCCCUUAGUUUUUAAUAUAAAGAAAUAUUGGGCUCGAGAAAGUUUUUCAGUCAAAAAUAUACAUAUUGAUAUUUACCAAUUUCUUUUAUAUACAUUUUUUUAAAAACUAAAUUGAAUUACUAAAAAAGAAAUCGUACAAACUUAUAUUAAGAUGUAUUGAAUCUAAUGAGAGCGACAUUGUCUCAUUUCGGAAAAUAUUUAGAGGAGUGAAAACGUUCUCGCCUAAAACAAUUUUUUAAACAGGAAAAGUAAGUAUUUUUCACCAAGACUUGCAACUCUGUAUCACACGAUACGUGCCUUUGAAAAUACCUACUGGCACUUCACAGCGCUCUCGAAACAGGCACGGAUGCCAUUCUAGCAACGCUUAUGGUUUUAAUUCGAAUAACGUUAUGUGUCGAAGUAUAAUUUUGGUGUAACUGGACUUUUAAUUGACUUUAAAUUUUGGUAAAAUAAAAAAAACGAUUUUAAAAAGUUUUUUAUUAUCAUAACGAUAUUAUAAUAAACAUAAUAAAAUGCGAACAUAUAUUAAAUUAUUUUAAAUAGUAACCGUGAGGAAAUCUUGUUCGACAUAAAAUAUAAUAAAUAUUAUUUUAACUACACAACUUUUAGAAAAAUUAUUGUUAGUGUAUCGUGAUGAUUACAUAUAAUGUUGGAA